AUGGCAUCUCACACUCUCCUUACUCUUCCUAAGCUUCAGGAUGAGCUCCUCGCUCACCCCAUUAUGACUUCGCUGGGCAGUCUCGCCCUGUCGACCUUCAUCUCCCGCUCCAUAUACGGUAUCAUAGACUGGAGGCCCGUACUCAUAUGUGUAUCAUCCGAUGUAAUCACCAUUGGCCUCGACCACUACAAUGACCAGGCGUCAGCGUUGGCCGACGCAAAGAAGACGUCUAACAGCGCUGUGAUGUCUGUCUUCACGCGUGCGCGGGUCCUCCUCAUCACCAAUGCUAUCCUUCUUGUUUUCGCACUCCUCUCGUCUCCUCCGUCGACUUGGUUCAUCACCGCGUGCUUCAUCACGCCCGCUCUGCUUUGGGACACGCCACUCUUCCGCCGAAAGGCAGGGCCCAAGGUCAAGAAGACUAAAGCGGAAAAGGCCCAGGAGUCAAAGAACGGCUUCGUUAUCAAGCGCAUCCCAGGGAUGAAGGCGGUCUUCAUCGGUAUUAUCCGAGGAUGUGGUACAUUUGCGGUGGUCCAUUCUAUCCUUUCCCGUUCAUUCCCUCCGGAUGGAAUCGCAUCUGGUCCGUGGACCCCUACGCAAAUCAUCGUCUGGUCUACUAUCAACAGGACUUGUCACGCUGUUAUGGCUGACGUGCGUGAUUUCACGGAAGACUGGGAGUUGCAGGUACCCACCAUCCCGGUUCUCCUCAAGUCCGUUCACCGGACGAAGGUGCUCCUGACGGCCAUUCACCUGCUCACCCUCGCUGUGUUCUUCAACAACAUCUACAUUAUCUUCGCUUCUUUGUACGCCAUUGCGCUUGUCUGGAUGCUGGACGAGAACAGCCCGAGAAAGCUGUAUCGUCUGAGUUUCCACUCGCAGACCCUAGUCGCACUGGUGUAUGGUGCUAUACAGUAUUACAAUCAGUUUAUCAACAAUCACUAG